AUGUUUCGAACACUAGUAACUCGAUCGUGUUUACCUCGAAUUUAUCCACGAGGUUGUCUUCAUUUAACGACACUGAAACUGGCGGAAGCAUCGAAUAAAGAUGUACAGGAAAAACCGUCGGCAAGUUUAACUGAUGAAGUCAAAUUUGAUUAUAUUAAUAAAACAGGUAUAAUUCUGUUGAAUAAACCGAAAGCAUUAAAUGCUUUGUCAUUAUCAAUGGUUCAACAAAUCUAUCCGAAAAUGAAAGAAUGGGAAUCGGAUGGUAAAACAGAAUUAGUGAUCAUUAAGAGUACGAGUCCGAAAGCGUUUUGUGCUGGUGGUGAUAUAAAAGCACUUCUGAGUAAAACAUCCGAUGGUGAACGACUUCGAAAUGAAUUCUUCCGAGAAGAAUAUAAAUUAAAUAAUCUAACUGGAAACUAUCGAUUACCGUACGUCGCGAUUAUCAACGGUAUUACCAUGGGUGGAGGUUGCGGUUUAUCGGUACAUGGACCAUUCCGGGUAGCAACAGAGACAACAACGAUUGCAAUGCCAGAAACAGCGAUUGGUCUGUUUCCCGAUGUUGGCGGUUCACAUUUUCUACCACGAUUGCCUAACAAUCUUGGAGUAUUUCUUGGAUUGACUGGUUACCGUCUACGUGGAAUCGAUGUGCUUCAUGCUGGUAUUGCUACACACUUUGUUCCGAGUGAUCGAUUAGAAGAAGUGGAACGAAGACUUAUCGAAAUACCAAAAGCAAAUUACAACUCCGUCAAAGAAGUUUUAGAUAAGAGCAGUCAAUCAGCGAUUCAAUCACAGCCACCGUUCAGCCUUCAAGAGCAACUGCCAUUAAUCAAUCGAUUGUUUUCUAUAAAUACGAAAGAUGUCGAAACUAUAUUCGAGCAAUUGAAAUCCGAUGGCUCCGAAUUUGCUUCGAAACAAUUAUCCACACUGGAGAAAAUGAGUCCAACAUCACUUAAACUAACCUUCGAGCAGUUGAAACGUGGUCAAAAACUUGAUUUGAAAGAUUGCCUGAUAAUGGAAUAUCGCAUGGUUCAGAACGUCAUGAACGGUCACGACUUUUUUGAAGGCGUUCGAUCUGUUCUUAUCGAUAAAGAUAACAAACCACAAUGGAAACCGAAUACACUCAAAGGCGUAUCGGACAAAGAUAUCGAAGCAUAUUUUGCAAAACUUUCAUCUUCUGAUGAUUUACGAUUAUGA